GCAAAGCUGCUGCUCGAUGCUGGUAUCCCUCCGACCAUGGCCGCCCACCCGCCAGGGCUUGUUCCUUCCGAGGGCAGACGAACUCAGAGCUGGGGGCUGCUGCUCAGAAGCUCUGCGUGCUGCGGCCCGACUCUGCGGGAACUUGGGCUAGGCAAUGACUCAGGAUGCAGCCUGGGGCCACGACGUGCACAGAGGACCGCAUCCAGCAUGCCCUGGAACGCUGCUUGCAUGGGCUCAGCCUCAACCGCCGCUCCACCUCCUGGUCAGCUGGGCUGUGUCUGAACUGCUGGAGCCUACAGGAGCUGGUCAGCAGGGAUCCAGGCCAUUUCCUUAUCCUCCUGGAACAGAUUCUGCAGAAAACCCGAGAGGUGCAAGAGAAGGGUACCUAUGACCUCCUCACCCCCCUGGCCCUGCUCUUCUACUCCACUGUCCUCUGUACACCACACUUCCCACCAGACUCAGAUCUCCUUCUGAAAGCAGCGAGAACUUACCACCGAUUCCUGACGUGGCCUGUUCCUUACUGCAGCAUCUGCCAGGAACUGCUUACCUUCAUUGAUGCGGAACUCAAGGCCCCAGGAAUCUCCUACCAGCGACUGGUGAGGGCUGAGCAGGGCCUGCCCACUAGGAGUCACCGCAGCUCCACUGUCACCGUCCUCCUGCUGAACCCAGUGGAGGUGCAGGCCGAAUUCCUCGCCGUGGCCAACAAGCUGAGUGUGCCCGAGCACUCGCCGCACAGCACCUACGUCACCCUGCUCCUGCACGCCUUCCAAGCCAUCUUUGGGACCCACCUUGACCUCCCAGGUCUGCACUGUAGGCUGCAGUCCAAGACCCUGGCAGAGCUCGAGGACAUCUUCACGGAGACUGCAGAGGCGCAGGAGCUGGCAUCUGGCAUUGGGGAUGCAGCCGAGGCCCGGCAGUGGCUCAGGACCAAGCUGCAGGCGGUGGGAGAGAAAGCCGGCUUCGCUGGUGACUUAGACACUGCGACGCCCGGCAAGCUCCACACCAUCCGUAUCCCUGUCGCCAGAUGCUACACCUACAACUGGAACCAGGACAGCUUUGACAUCCUGGAGGAAAUCCUGCUCAAGGAACAGGAGCUGCUCCAGCCAGGGAUCCUGGGGGACGAUGAGGAAGAGGAGGAGGAGGAGGAGGACUUGGAAACAGACGGGCAUUGUGCCAAGAGGGACUCACUGCUCUCCACUAGCUCAGAGGCCUCCCAUGACUCCGCCCUGUCCCUUGCCUCAUCCCAGGCCUCCGGGGCCACCCUCUCCCGCCAGUUGCUGACCUCCUUUGUCUCGGGCCUCUCGGAUGGCAUGGACAGUGGCUAUGUGGAGGACAGCGAGGAAAGCCCCUCUGAGUGGCCCAAGAGGCCUGGCAGCCGGGAACGCCGGGGCUACCGCAGGCCCGGGCAAAAGUUUAACAGGAUCUAUAAACUCUUCAAGAGUACCAGCCAGCUGAUGCUGCGGAGGGACUCAGACACGGCCCUGCCCCUGCGGCGGGCUGGGAGCCUCUGCAGCCCCCUGGACGGCCAGGCAGUGCCCCCUUCCCGGGCCCAGCGCUCCCUCUCUCUGCCCCAGCCCAAGCUCAGCACCCAGCUGGCCAGCUGGCUCCUGGCCCCAGCCUCACGCCAUCAGCGCCGCCGCCCCUUCCUGAGUGGGGAUGAGGAACCCAAGGCUUCUACACUACGCGUUGUGGUCUUCGGCUCUGAUCGGAUUUCGGGGAAGGUGGCUCGGGCGUACAGUAACCUGCGGCGGCUGGAGAACAAUCGCCCACUCCUCACACGGUUUUUCAAGCUUCAGUUCUUCUACGUGCCUAUGAAGCGAAGCCAGGGGACCAGCUCCAGUGCCUGCCCAGCCCCUCCGAGCCAGACACCCCCAGUCCCCACAGACUCCCCGAGGCACCCCAGCCCUGCAGAGCUAGGCACAGGCCCAUGGGAGGAGAGCACCAAUGACAUUUCCCACUACCUCGGCAUGCUCGACCCCUGGUAUGAGCGCAACGUGCUGGGCCUCAUGCACCUGCCCCCUGAAGUCCUGUGCCAGCACUCCCUGAGGGCUGACUCCCGACCCCUGGAGGGCUCCCCCACCCAGCUGCCCAUCCUGGCCGACAUGCUGCUCUAUUACUGCCGCUUCGCUGCACGGCCGGUACUGCUGCAGGUCUAUCAGACAGAGCUGACCUUCAUCACCGGGGAGAAGACGACAGAGAUCUUCAUCCAUUCACUGGAACUGGGUCACUCUGCUGCAACACGUGCCAUCAAGGCUUCAGGUCCUGGCAGCAAGAGGCUGGGCAUCGAUGGGGACCGGGAGGCCGUCCCUCUAACACUACAGAUUAUUUACAGCAAGGGGGCCAUCAGUGGACGAAGCCGCUGGAGUAACAUGGAGAAGGUCUGCACCUCAGUCAACCUCAACAAAGCCUGCCGGAAGCAAGAGGAGCUAGACUCCGGCAUGGAUGCCCUGACGCUAAACCUGACAGAAGUGGUGAAAAGGCAAAACCCGAAAUCCAAGAAGGGUUUUAACCAGAUUAGCACAUCGCAGAUCAAAGUGGACAAGGUGCAAAUUAUCGGCUCCAACAGCUGCUCCUUUGCCGUGUGUCUGGACCAGGACGAGAGGAAGAUCCUGCAGAGUGUGGUCAGGUGUGAGGUCUCACCUUGCUACAAGUCAGAGAAGAGCAGCCUCUGCCCUCAGUCCGAGAGGCACCCCCACCCACUGGCCCAGGCUGCGCCCAACCUCUGCUCCCUCCUCUGCCUGCCCAUCAUGACUUUCAGUGGAGCUCUGCCCUAGCGAGCUUGGACAGAAAGCCUGGGAGCAGCUUCUUCUGAGCCCCUUCCCGGACAGUCGGCUGUGAGGGCCGCACUCCUUGUGGAGAAACAAAUGGCCCUGUGCUGGGUCAGGGUCCUGUUGUGGGCCCUGUGCUGGGAAGGGGACAAAGGGUUGAUGGUUUCUGGGGCCUCGGGGCUCUGUUUGGGGCAAAAACAGGCAUUAGGGAGAGAGGCACCUGGCCACACAGCCCCUCAGGUUCCUCAAGGUAGAAAGGAGAACUGGCCUCCAAAGGGUCUAGGAUCCUUUCUAACAGAAAGAUCUGAGGCUGUGGUGCUCCGCGGUGUGGUGUAGGCCUCGUCUCCCAAUCUGUGGCCAGGCCUACCCCUUUUCUUUGUCAAAGACCUGAGGAACUCUUUGUGUCUGGAGUACAGUCUCCUGUACUCGAGAAAGUGGGUGAGACUUCUUUCCCGACCUUUAGUGCUAUCCCCCCAACCCCGCCUCUCUGUUCGUCCUCCCCUCUUUCCCUCUCCUCCCUUCCCCCUUCCUCUUUUCUCCCUCCUCCUCCCCGUCCUCCCUCUCCUCCUCCUCCUGUGCCUCCUCCUCCCCCCUCCCCCCUUCACAGACACAAGGACACACACACAUGCUUUCUCUCUCUCAGGUUCCCUGGGUCUUCUGAAAAACAGCACUAACACUUUAUUAUCAAUCUACUGUCAGGACUUGGUACAGAUUCUCCCUGAAGCCCCUUUCUGGAUCUGAGGUCCUUGGGAGACAGGUCGGGCUUAUAUUCAGUUGUGACUAAAUGACUAGAAGGAAAUUAAUUAGCUUCGCAAUUCCCUUUGGUCAGCACUAAAGGGAGUGUGGUUGCGGGGGAAUAAAGCCUCCUUCAUUGCAAAGUGCCUGGCCCGGUGGCUGGCUCACAGCUGGUGCUCCUUAGAGAUCAGCGGCCUUGCUCUCUAAACACUGACCCCCCUGUCCGGUACUGGGGUGCUCUCCUGACCUCUGGGAGGCUCUUCAUUCACUCCUUCCCAAUUCACCGAGACUGAGGGGAUACGGUAUGAUUAGUUUUACCCUCUGGAGGAGGAAUUGCCUGUGUCAGGGUAAGAGAAAGGUUGCUCUCUCUCAGGUUGCCCCCCCCCAACCCCGCCCUUCCAUCUCACUCCUUGGGCUUCCCAGAGGAGUAGAGGACGGAGCUUAGAACCUGACUGGGCGGAAAUGAGUAAUAGAACAUGAGAGCAAAAACUGUAAAACUGCCAGGUUGGAGUGGUUUGAGAAGUUUGAAGCAGAGAUAUGGCUAGAGCAGUAGGGUAGUGGUCAGUGCGUGGGGCCAGGAUUUGAACGGGUAGAAGUGGGGAAGAGAGCCGUGGACGCGAACAACUGUGGCCCACAAGCCCCGCCUUCCUUUCCUUCUCCUGCUUCAUCCUGCUCCAAAGUUUCUGGGCUUAAAGGAGCGCAUGAAACCACAGCCCAGAGUGCUCACAACUUGAGAGAAGUGGACAAAGCCAGUUCCUACCCAGUAUUGCCCUUCCUUCUGUCCUGGCCAGGCUCCAAAGAGUGGUCAGCCAUAUACACCGUCAAUAUUUUUUGUCGUAUAAGCCAGUUGUCCUACUCCGGGCCCAAAAGGUGUCAAAGAAUAAAUGACUAGAAUUUAAUAUUAUUGUCAAAUAAAACUUAUUAGUCUUGUA